GGUGAGAGCUCGCUGGGCUGUCAGCAGAUAGAACAGGAGACGUCUGGGGAAAUACUGCUGCGUUGGGUGUUGCCGAUCGUCACAGAUACAAAGGAUUCCUCGUCAUUUCACUCCCUUGGAUCGGAUACAUUGUAUCAGGAUGGCAUCUGCGGAUCGGAGGAAGGGGCUGGAAUCUUCGAGAGAGACAUAUGGAAGAAAAAAUGGCGGUGCAAAGGAGGUGCAGAGACAUAUGGAAGAAACAAUGGCGGUGCAGCGACAUAUGGAAGAAACAACAGCAGAUCAGAAACAUAUGGAAGAAAAAACAGCGGAAACGAGACAUAUGGAAAAAACAACGGCAAUGCAGAGACAAAUGGAAAAAACAAUGGGGGUGCAGAGACAUAUGGAAAAAACAACGGCAAUGCAGAGACAUAUGGAAAAAACAAUGGCGGUGCAGAGACAUAUGGAAGAAACAAUGGCAGAUCAGAGACAUAUGGAAGAAACAACAGCGGUAACGAGAAAUAUGGAAAAAACAGAGGCAAUGCAAAGAAACAUGGAAAAAACAAUGGAGGUGCAGAGACAUAUGGAAGAAACGAUGGCGGAUCAGAGACAUAUGGAAGAAACAACAGCGGUAAUGAGAAAUAUGGAAAAAACAGCGGUAAUGCAGAGACAUAUGGAAAAAACAAUGGGGGUGCAGAAGCAUAUGGAAGAAACAUUGGAUGUGCAGAAACAUAUGGAAAAAACAAUGGCGGUGCAGAGACAUAUGGAAGAAACAUUGGAGGAGCAGAGACAUAUGGAAGAAACAAUGGCGUUGCAGAGACAGAUGGAAAAAACAAUGGCGAUGCAUAGACAGAUGGAAGAAACAAUGGCGGUGCAGCCGCAUAUGGAAGAAACAAUGGCGGUGCAGAGACAUAUGGAAGAAACAAUGGCAGUUCAGAGACAUAUGAAAGAAACAAUGGCAAUGCAGAGACCUAUGGAAGAAGCAAUGGUGGUGCAGAGACAAAUGGAAAAAACAAUGGCGGUGCAGAGACAUAUGGAAGAUACACUGGCGGCGCAGAGACAUACGGAAGAAACAAUGGCGGUGCAGAGACCUAUGGAAGAAACAAUGGUGGCGCAGAGACAUAAGGAAGAAACAAUGGCAGUGCAGAGACAUAUGGAUAAAACACUGGCGGCGCAGAGACAUUUGGAAGAAACAAUGGUGGUGCAGAGACCUAUGGAUGAAACAAUGGCGGAGCAGAGACAUUUGGAUGAAACAAUGGCGGUGCAGAGACAUAUGGAAGAAACAAUGGCUGUGCAGAGACAUAUGGAAGAAAGAAUGGCGGUGCAGAGACAUAUGGAAGAAAGAAAGGCGGUGCAAAGAAAUAUGGAAGAAAGAAAGGAGGUGCAGAGGCAUAUGAAAGAAACAAAGGGGGUGCAGGGACAUAUGGAAGAAACAAUAGCGGUGCAGAGACAUAUGGAAAACACACUGCCAGUACAGAGGCAUAUGGAAGAAACGAUGGCGGUGCAGAGGCAAAUGAAAGGAACACUGCCGGUGCAGAGACAUAUGUAAGAAACAAUGGUGGUACAGAGACAAAUGGAAGAGACAAGGGCAGUAAAGAGACAUAUGGGACCAUAUUAUAUACUAUCUAUCUAUCUAUCUAUCUAUCUAUCUAUCUAUCAUUGGUUAAACUCAAUGGACUUUUUUCAACCUAUGUUACAAUGUUACACUGCACAGGCAUGGUCUGCCAUUGCCACUAUAAGGACGCUAGUCCACCACUGUCACCAUCAGGAAACCAAUCCACCAUUGUCACUAUCAGGAAGCCAGUCUAUAAUUGUCGCCAUCAGGAAGCCAGUCCAUCGUUGUCGUUUUUAGGACGAUGGUCCACCAUUGUCACAAUCAAGAAGAUGGUCCACCAUUGUCACUAUC